AUGACCAGUAUCCCCAGAGUCACCAGUAUCCCCAGUGCCACCAGUAUAACCAGGGACACCAGUGACACCAGUAUCCCCAGCAUCACCAGUGACACCUGUGACACCAGUAACACCAGUAUAACCAGUGCCACCAGUAUAACCACUAUCCCCAGUGCCACCAGUAAUACCAAUAUCACCAGUGCCACCAGUGUCACCUGUGCCACCAGUAUCCCCAGUGACACCAGUGAUACCAGGGACACCAGUAUAACCAGUAUCCCCAGUAUCACCGGUGCCACCAAUACCCCCAGUGUCACCAGUAUCCCCAGUGACACCAGUGAUACCAGGGACACCAGUAACACCAGUAUGACCAGUAUCCCCAGUGCCACCAAUAUCCCCAGAGUCACCAGUAUCCCCAGUGACACCAGUGUCACCAAUAUAACCAGUGACACCAUUAUAACCAGUGUCCCCAGUGUCACCAGUAUAACCAGUGACACCAGUAUCCCCAGUGACACCAGUAUAACCAAUAUCCCCAGAGUCACCAGUAUCCCCAGUGACACCAGUGUCACCAAUAUAACCAGUGACACCAUUAUAACCAGUGUCACCAGUGACACCAGUGCCACCA